GGCCAGGGAAGGGUGGCUCGUUGGGAUCGGGACAGCAGCAUCCCGCGCCGUCCUGACCUGCUCACGAAGGCAGAGGUCUAGAAGGAUCUCUCUUACCGCGACUCGCGUUGCUGGAGAGUUGGAAUGGGACUUGCCGGGCUUUCAUGCCGACGGGAGCCCAGCCCUUGGCGGUAGACGGCUAUCGGUUCCAAAGGAAGCCCUCCGAGGAAGCGUCCUUUGGGGCGCGGAGUAGUCGUGGCUGGUCCAUUUUGAAGCAAGAGCUUGAGCGAGCUCUGAAGUCCACUCUUGGCCUCAGCUGUACUAACCCUCUCACCUGCUGAUGGAAACCUACUUAGGAGAGGACGGCCUUGACAAAAAGCCGAGAUUUUCUUCUAGGUUUCAGGCUGGGCUUUGAAGAGGAGCUGUCACCAUUAGUGUUGUGUGCUGUGUCUUUGCAUCUGCAGGAAACUGAAAAGAGAUCAGGGCAAACUUCAACACCCCCACAUGAAGACAGUGACCUAUGAUGAUGUUCAUGUUAACUUCACUCUGGAAGAGUGGGCUUUGCUGAAUCCUUCCCAGAAGAAUCUGUACAAAGAUGUGAUGCUAGAGACCUACGGGAACCUAACUGCUGUAGACUACAGUUGGGAAGACAGAUAUACUGAGAAAUAUUGUCAGAGUUCUAGAGGACAUGGAAGGCAUGAAAGAAAUCAUACUGAAGAGAAACUGUUUGAAAAUACUCAAUGUGUUAACACUUUUCCAUAUCACAGUCAUCUUCAGAUACAUAAAAGAACACAUGCUGGAGAGAAACCCUAUGAAUGUAAUCAAUGUGAUAAAGCCUUUGCAUAUUAUAAUCAUCACCAAAGUCAAAUAAGAACACAUGAAUGUAACCAGUGUGGAAAAGCCUUUACACGUCAUAAUCAUCUACUAAUACAUAAAAGAAAGCAUACUGGUGAGAAACCCUAUGAAUGUAAUCAGUGUGGUAAAGCCUUUUCACAACACAAUAAUCUCCAACAUCAUAAAAGAAUACAUUCUGGAGAGAAACCUUAUGAAUGUAAGCAGUGUGGUAAAGCCUUUACACGUCAUAAUCAUCUUGUAAUGCAUAAAAAAAACAUACUGGAGACAAACCCUAUGAAUGUAAUCAACGUGAUAAAGCCUUUGCAUAUUAUAGUCAUCACCAAAGUCAAAAAAGAACACAUGAAUGUAACCAGUGUGGAAAAGCCUUUACAUGUCAUAAUCAUCUACUAAUACAUAACAGAAGGCAUACUGGUGAGAAACCCUAUGAAUGUAAUCAGUGUGGUAAAGCCUUUUCACAACACAGUAAUCUCCAACAUCAUAAAAUAAUACAUUCUGGAGAGAAACCUUAUGAAUGUAAGCAGUGUGGUAAAGCCUUUACAUGUCAUAGUCAUCUUGUAAUACAUAAAAGAAAACAUACUGAGGAGAAACUCUAUGAAUGUAAUCAGUGUGGUAAAACUUUUGUAUGUCAGAGUAGUCUCAAAAUACAUAAAAGAACACAUACUGGAGAGAAACCCUAUGAAUGCAAUCAAUGUGGUAAAGCCUUUGCAUAUCACAGUAAUAUCAAAAUACAUGAAAGAAUUCAUGUUAGAGAGAAGCCUUAUGAAUGUAACCAAUGUGGUAAAACCUUUUUAUGUCAUGCUUAUCUUCAGCAACAUAAAAGAACACAUACUGGAGAGAAACCUUAAAAUUUAAUCAAUGUGAUAAAGCCUUUGCAAAUUACAGUCAUCACCAAAGACAUAAAAGAAGACAUACUGAAGAGAAGCCCUAUGAAUGCAAUCAAUGUGGUAAAGCCAUUACACAACACAGAUAUGUUCAAUGCAUGAAAUAACUCACACUGGAGGGGAACCGUAUGAAUGUAAUCAGUGUGACAAAACAUUUGUAAAUUAGUCUCCUAAAACUUCAAAGAACUCAUAUUCAUACUAAAGAGGAACCUUAUGAAUGUAAUCAAUGUGGUAAAACCUUCGCAUGUAUCAGUAGUCUUCAAAAUAAUAAGAAAAAAAACAGACUGCAGAGAAACACUAUUAAUGUAGUCAGUGUGGCAGAGUUAUGCAGUUCAUGGUAGUCUUUACACAAGAGUAAACAUUUACUAUGUAACUGGGCUUUUAAUGCCUGUACAUAUCACAUAAAUCUUUGAUGAUCUGAAAAAAUGCAUAUUAUAGGAAAAAAUACUAUAAAGGAUUUGGUAAGAUCUUUAGUUAAUAUACCUACAUUCCAUUUCACAAGAUUUUUUUCUGGAAAAACAAAACCUGGCAAGUAUCAGCAAUUUGUUAAAGAAUUGUGAUGUCUUUUUACUUUGUUUGUACAUGCAAACUCACAUAGACAAAAGCCUAUGAGUUUAAAUUAUAAAGUCCCUUUUAGAUUUCAUACUUUUUAAUCAUAGGAAAUAAGAAAUCCAUGAGUAAAACAUUACGGGUAUGUACCAUUUUAUAUUCUCACCAGCAAUGUAUUAGAGUCCAGUUUCUCUACAUGUAGUUCUUGAAUGCAAUGGCACAUGUACAACAGACAGCUUUUUAAAAAAUAUUUAUUUAUUAUGUAUACAAUAUUCUGUCUGUGUGUAUACCUGCAGGUCAGAAGAGGGCACAAGACCUCAUUACAGAUGGUUGUGAGCUACCAUGUGGUUGCUGGGAAUUGAACUCAGGACCUUUGGAAGAGUAGGCAAUGCUCUUAACCUCUAAGCCAUCUCUCCAGCCCAACAGACAGCUUUUGAGAGCUGGUUCUGUUCUUCCAACAUGCGGGACCCAGGAGCUGAAUUCAGGUCAGACCUGGCAAUGAGUGCCUUUACCUACUGAGCCAUCUCACUAGCCCCAUUACUGUUUUAAAUGAUCUAAUGGGUAUGUAAUAGUCUUACAGUUGUUCUAACUUCCAAUUAAGAUUUGUGAUAUCAAUCAUCAUUCAUAUAGCUCCCUACAUGAAAUAUCUUGUUUUUAAAAUUAGAUUUUUUUACUGUUUAAAAAACCAUUUAUGUAAUUUAUAUAAUUACUUAUCAAGAGUUUGCAAAUAUUUUCUUUUCUUUUUUUUUUUUUUUUUUUUUGAGACAGGGUCUUACUAUGUAGCUCUGGUCUGGAACUUGGUAUGUAGACCAGCCUGGCCUUGGCCUUGAAUUCUCAGAAAUCCAUCCACCUCUCUGGGAUUAAAUGUGUGCCACCACACCUACCCUUGCUCAUUUUCUGGAUAGGCUCUUUAGAAGAACCAAGUUUUUAAUUUUUGUAUGAGGUGUAAAGUCUAGAUGGAAUUGCUCUGUCUACAGUCAUCCAGUUGUGCACCCCCUGGGAUUCUGUGAGGUCUUUUAGCAUUAUUUUGUUCCAUUCGUUUGUAUGCGUAUCUCUGUGAAUAUGAAUUUCUGGCACUAUUUAGUAAUUUUUGAAACAUUGCUCUUUCCUUUUAAAGCAUUUCAUUUAAAGUUUUCUUGUUUUCCCACAUAAAUUAUAGAAUACCUGUGUAUAAUGGUCUCACUGAGAUUGUA